GUUGGAAGGAGAAGUUUGAAGCCAAGGCUGUUUCCAUGGUGAUCUCUGGUCAUCACUCGGCUCAACCCAGAGGAGUGGGUUAUGCCAAAAACCAGGCAAUAUGUCAAAGUUCUGGACGUUACCUGUGCUUUCAGGAUGCGUAAGACAUGGCUUUAUGAGUUUGACCAGCACUCCCGGCAACUAUUUACAAUGGAGUUUUCCUGCAGACUAUUGCGUCAGCUCAAUGAAAUGAUGACGUCAUGCUGUCCCAGCGCGUCAGUCUGCAGCACGCGGCGGCCCUCCUCCAGCCCCACGCUGUAGGCUCCUCCUCUUCCCUCCUCCCCUGUUUCUCCCUUGUCUUUUCUUCAGUAUGUGUGUGUGCGUGGGUGGGUGGGUGGGUGCGUGGGUGCGUGCGUGCGUGCACACUAAUCCCUAUAAAUGCACGAUGAGGAGACCUAUGACAGCCCGUGUUGAGUCCCUAGCUGUUUAGAGGACUCACUUUUUAAAAGUAGAAAGUAUUUUAUGCCAACCUUUUAAUGUUCGUGAAAGGGACGGGUCAGGUUGGAAGAGUAAAUAGUAAAUAAUAAUUAAAAAAAAAAAUCUUUUUCAUACAUCGAUAGUGUUUUAUAUUUCUUCGGCUUUAGGGAGCCCUUGCAGUAACAUCGAAAAAUGCAAACACAAUCUUUUCAAUUUGAGUGUAACAUAAACUUGUGACGGCGCCUCAUUAAUUCACUCCUAUUGGCUGGAUUAAAGGAAGUACACUCACACAUGCAGAAUCCAAGAAAUCCAGAGCUCUCAUUUCUGACGUGUGUGCGUGCGUGUGCGUGCAUGCUUUUGUGUGUGCGUGUGUGCGUGUGUGCGUGUGUGUGUGUGUGUGUGUGUGUGUGAGGCACGGCGAGCAGGAAGGCGUAUCCGGGGCUGAGGCUGGCUGGUGGGUUGCCAGGUCAGAGGUGAAGGGUCGUGGGUGUGUGGGCGGUUGGAGCAGCAGGCCAGACAGCAGGCUUGCUGCCGAGCAUAAACAACCCGCCCUGCUCCGUAGGAUGGGCUGUUUUUGUAUUUGAUCCAGGGAUACCAUUGUUCUCCCUGUUCUGUUUCUCUGAAUGUGCGUUUGUAAUAACACAUCCAUCCCUCCAUGUCCUGUCGAUUUCCUCUGUGAUAGUAAGACUGUUGCAAUCUAAUGUGUGUGUGUGUGUGUGUGUGUGUGUGUGUGUCUGUGUUAUGUAUCGAUCUGUGUUCCUGGAAGCUGAUUGGCUGUGGAGUGCGCCGUGUUCCUGAGGGAUCCACCGAGCGCUACACACGCUGGAUCAACUCCAUCACCCCGGAGCAGCUCCUCACUCAGGCGUACACCUCUCACGGACCCACGGUGAUCAUGCCCACGUGGUUCUGCUCCAGAGACUGGUUCUGCCAAGUGGGACCCUUCGACGAGGGAGGCAAGGGGGUCCCGGAGGACCUGCUCUUCUUCUACCAGAGCCUCCGUCAGGGGGGAGGCGUGUCCAGGGUGGAGCAGUGCAUGCUGGUCUAUCGCUACCACGAGCAAGCCGCAACGCACUCUGUGCUUGAGGAAACUAUUUGGAAGUUGCGCGUGGACUUCUUACAGGAGCGGGUCCUCAGCCAAUGGGAAAGCUUCACCAUAUGGAAUGCUGGGAAGCAGGGACGGAAGCUCUACCGAAGCCUUAGCCCGGCCAAUCAGAAGAAGGUGAGGGCUUUCUGUGACGUGGAUGAGAACAAGAUCCAAAAGGGCUUCUACACUUAUCAGGACUCCAAGGAAAGGCCGAAGCCCAGGAUCCCAGUUCUGCAUUACAGAGAAGCCUCUUCGCCAUUCAUCAUAUGCGUGAAAUUGGACAUGACAGAGGGUGUGUUGGAGAAUAACCUGAAGAGUCUGCAGCUGACUGAAGGAGUGGACUAUUACCAUUUUAACUGAGAACCCGGCCAACUACUGUAGCCCUGGCAGAGACCACAGUGCACUACUGUAGCCCUGGAAGACAUAGGAGGGGGAGAAACUUGGGCAUUACUUGCCCUACACAAUCCCUUUUUUCAUUCUUCACACACACACACACACACACACACACACACACACACACACACACACACACACACACACACACACACACACACACACACACACACACACACACACACACACACACACACACACACACACAGAGAGAGAGAGGCACAGAGCGUGAGUGCAGAGGUGGACUGGACAACCUUGAGGUGAAGGACAUCAGCAAGAUGGAGUUUUUAACAUGACGGCUGCUGGGCUGAGGUGGACUCAAGGAAACUUGUGUUGGUGGGGUCAUGGUGAACACAUAAUGCAGAGCAAGUGACCGAAAACGCUGUGUGCCAUUAUUUCACCCCAUCCGAUUUCAUGUUUUUUUUGUGAGUUUUUUUUAACAAAUGUUAAUGUCUUGCACUUUUUAGCAUUUGUCUAAAAUGAAAUCUGAACGGUUUUAAUGGUUUUAUAGAACAAUAACUGAAUAUGAUGGACUGAAAGUAAUUAUCGUUGGUGACAGAGAAGCAAACCUUUACCAAACAUUGGGAGCGAUCGUUGCAAAUUACACUUCCCAUGGUCACCAAGAGGCCAGGACCAUUGAGAAAAUAACAUUCCCACGUCGUUUUGGGUUGAUGCUGGGUGAUUUCCCAUCGUUUGUUAAACCUCGGUGUUGUGCUGACUCAUAAAUAUAAAAACAGAGGUUCAAAGGGGAGGCCUUUUACUUGAUCAAUCAGGAGUUUGCACGGCUGCCCUUUACAAUACUAACCGUCAAAUAAAUACAAUCUUGUUGGAUUUCCUUAUUGUCCCCUGAAAUCCCUUUUGAAUUUGCAGUUUACCUGUAAUAAAUAAAUGUGAGACGAA